CACUUAUGGUCUGCUUUGACCCAUAGGAACUGAAGCACCUGAUUCUGGAAGCAGCAGAUGGCUUCUUGUUUGUGGUGGCGGCAGAGACGGGCCGAGUCAUCUACGUGUCGGACUCUGUGACACCAGUGCUUAACCAUCCCCAGUCAGAGUGGCUCGGCAGCACCCUGUAUGAGCAGGUUCACCCAGAUGAUGUGGACAAGCUGAGAGAACAACUCAGCACUUCAGAGAACUCCAUGACAGGACGAAUUCUGGACCUGAAAACAGGAACAGUAAAGAAGGAAGGACAGCAGUCUUCCAUGAGGAUGUGCAUGGGUUCCAGGCGCUCCUUUAUUUGCCGCAUGAGAUGUGGCAGCGCACCACUGGAUCACAUCUCCCUAAAUCGUCUGUCUAACAUGAGGAAGAGAUACAGGAAUGGCUUGGGACCGUCUAAAGAAGGAGAGGCCCAGUACUCUGUGGUGCAUUGUACUGGCUACAUCAAAGCCUGGCCCCCUGCAGGCAUGACCAUACCAGAGGAGGAUACGGAGGCGGGUCAGACUGGAAAGUAUUGCCUGGUGGCGAUUGGGAGACUGCAGGUAACCAGCUCUCCAGUCUCCAUGGAUAUGAACGGUUUGUCAGUUCCAACAGAGUUCCUCUCACGCCACAACUCAGAUGGUAUCAUCACGUUUGUGGACCCUCGCUGCAUUAACGUCAUAGGAUAUCAGCCUCAGGACCUGUUGGGAAAGGAUAUUCUAGAGUUCUGCCAUCCUGAGGACCAGAAUCACCUCAGAGAAAGCUUCCAACAGGUGGUGAAACUGAAGGGUCAGGUGCUGUCUGUGAUGUAUCGUUUCCGAUUGAAAAACCGGGAGUGGAUGCUGAUCAGAACCAGUAGCUUCACAUUCCAGAACCCAUACUCUGAUGAGAUAGAGUACAUAAUCUGCACCAAUACUAACGUCAAGCAACUGCAACAGCAGCAGGCAGAGUUAGAGGUUCAUCAGAGAGAUGGUCUUACAGCCUAUGAUCUCUCCCAGGUUCCUGUGGCAGGAGUCAGCAGUGCAGUCCACGAUACAGGGAAGACCAUUGAUAAGACAGAGACUCUGUUCUCCCAGGAGAGAGACCAACGCUUUGCUGAGAUGUACACCAGCAUCUCUGGCUCGGGAGACAAAAAGAUGAUGGUUCCCUCCUCAACAGCUGGAGGACAGCCACUUUACACCCAGAGCUCUCCCUUCCAGCAGGGCCACUCUGGAAAAAGCUUCAGUUCCUCUGUGAUCCAUGUUCCCGGUGUGAAUGACAUCCAGUCCUCGGGGUCAUCCAAUCAGAAUCUAGCUCAGAUUUCUAGACAACUUAACCCAGGCCAGGUAGCAUGGUCAGGCAACCGACCUCCAUUCACUGGACAGUCCACUAAAGCCCAGUCCAGUCCAUUUGGUAUUGGGUCUGGCCACAACUACCAGACUGACCCGGCCUCCUACAGUCCGCUGUCGUCCCCAGCCACAUCGUCCCCCAGUGGAAAUGCUUACUCAGGCCUGACAAACCGCAGCACAGCUUUUGAUGUGUCUGGAGAAGGUGGUCAAAGUGGAGGCCAGUUCCAGGGCCGUCCUAGUGAGGUCUGGUCCCAGUGGCAGAACCAGCAUCAUCCUCAGCAAUCUGGGGAACAGCACGCUCACACCAACCCCAGUCAGACAGAAGUCUUCCAGGACAUGUUGCCUAUGGCCGGAGAUCCCACCCAGGGAACAGCUAACUACAACAUCGAGGAUUUUGCUGAUCUCGGCAUGUUCCCUCCCUUCUCUGAGUAAAAGUUGCCUCUAUGGUUUUCCUCACAUCAUACAGACGGACUCAUGUUUGCACUUGGUUCUUGUUUCCUCGCAUUUUUUAUCUAGCUGGAUGAGCGGCACUCUGCCACUUAGAAAGAUGAAUGUCUCCCCUCAGAAACAUUGUACCAGAUGACCUUAGUGUGGUGAUUAAAAGUCCCACUUUCAGAUGGAAGGACCAUUGGUCAGCCUUUCUUAGCUUGUGAUUGAUGCUGUAUGUUGAUGUUCACGUCACUAGGUAUGAUCUCUAUAGUCAGCAUUUUCAGGACCACUGGGAUGCCUACUUGCUAUAACAGUCACAUCUGUCAGAGAUCAUCGUCAUUAUUAAUAAGAUUGGAUGAAGAAGAACUUACCUUGAGUUUUUUUAAGAAACAAAACAAAUAAAGACGGUGUAUUACUUUAAAGGUUUUAUAUCAUGCUUUUUUAAGCCUUCCAAAGUCAACUAUAGGCAUGUAUAUGAUGGAAUAUUGCCUUUGGCUAUAUGGAGCAUUUAUUUGGGUCUGAGCCCUGCUUGAAGGUGGGGCUCAGACCAACAGUAUCCAGUCAUUGGGCAUCAAUUAGUUUUACAACCCUACUAUAUACCAUAUUUGGUAUCACUGUUUCUGGUGUAUAAAAAAA